CUUUAAGGGCGGUGUAAGGGCGGCUAUAAAUAUCACUGUGCUGUUGUAUACAGAUCUGAAACAUAGCGAGGAUCAGCAAAACCCAGACAUCUAGACGUGGCAAAAGAUGGCACCUCUUUCCCUUGCACAACUAACCAGCUUGGGUUUGCUGUUCUUGGUUGGUCUCUCCAACGCAUACAUAGAAUCGGAACCUAUUGACGAAGGCUUGUACAAUUGUCUAGAAAUGGAAACCCGGAAUAUGAGUGUGGAGGAUUUUCCUGCUGCUGGAAUAAUGCACUCCUGUGUCCAGAGUUUUCUGGCAUUAACAACUGAUCUUAGAUACCACUCCAAUAUCACCAUAGAGGAAGUAGCAUGGGUAGGCUCCCUUGUCCGGAAAUACGCAUCAAAACGUCACAAACGCCAAGCAGGGAUACCUAGAAUUCGACAGGAAAUCAGACGAAUCACCGAUCAACAAAGAGGCGCUCUGUUUGAGGCGUUCAAUGUUCUUAAACAGAAUGGGCGAUAUGACACACUGGCCUCGUUUCACCAGAACAUGGCGAUCACCUCGGCUCAUAAUGGUCCAAACUUCCUCGGCUGGCAUAGGGUAUACCUACUGGCAUUGGAAGAAGCCCUGAUGGAAGUCAACCCAAGAGUGACGUUGCCCUACUGGGACUCCACUCUGGACUUUGAUAUGAACGAUCCGAUCCAGUCUGCCGUUUGGACCUCACAGUUCUUUGGAAACGGUGACGGAGUGGUUAAUACAGGACCAUUCUCGAAUUGGGUUGUUGAAGGAGGAGGUUUACUUACAAGAAAUAUAGGGUCAUUUGGUACAUCAUUGAUGCAGAAACGUCUCAUCAACAACAUCAUCAACCCAAACAAUAACGUAAGGUUUCAUUGGCAGAUAACUGUAUGGUAUGGCCAGCGUCCAUGGCUUCGUCAGAACGUUCUUGAGCGUCAACACGACGGGGUGCAUGCUUGGGUUGGUGGAUUAAUGAGGGGUUUGUCAACGUCGGCCCAUGAUCCGGUUUUCUUCUUUCAUCAUUGCUUUAUUGAUUACCUAUGGGAACAAUUCAGGUUGAAGCAGAGAAACUUGGGAUUUGAUUCUAGCAAUGACUACUUACCAGACUUUUACCUCAGGGACAGACCAGCCCAUUUUAGGAAUCGUUUGAUGGAUGGUUUUCCCGACUACAGAAAUAUUGACGGUUACAGUGAUAGGUUCACAAGAGAUAUCUACCAAUACGAGCGCAGCCCAGUUUGUCCUGCAUGUGGCUCCCCCUAUCUGUUCUGUGAUAACACCCGUGGGGUAUGCGUAUCAGCUGAUAGUUCUGCUAUGGGAGAGUCUAGAUCCUCUGCAGCUGGCUUCGGCGGGGUGUCAGUGGCAUCACUUGCCGCUCAGGCGCAGGGUCCGCUAGCACUUGGCGAGACGUUUACGUCAUCGUUUGCAGAUCCUAGAGCCAGGAACACGCCAUUGCCUUCAGGGCCACGUGCUGAUGGAGCCGGAAGUGCCUUUGGGGCUUUUACUGAUGAUGGCACGGGGACAGGAACUAAUCUUGCCACUAAUCUGUUACGUACAUCAUCCGCGAGAGGACAAGCAAACUCUAAUAUGAGGAGAGCUAUGAUGAAUUCGAUGAGUGGUAAUCGAGGUCAGUCGACAGCCCAAAUGUUCAGAGGACCUUUUAACAUGAAUCAGGGAAUGUUUGGUCCGAUUCAACUUUUACAGGGUAGACAGGCCGGUUUAUCUCAACAAGUUCCCCAGAAUGGAAUGGGAACAAUUGCUCACAAUGGCAUGCAAGCAAAUGCACAGAACAGGAUGCAAGCCAUGACCCGAAACGGUAUGACAUCGAUGUCUCAAAAUGGUAUGCCAACAAUGGCACACAAUAGUAUGUCAGGAAUGUCCCACAAUAGUAUGCCUAUGAUGUCACAGAACGGUAACCAAAUGAAUUCAGGCCAUGGUGGAUUUAACCCAAACCAGAAUAUGCCCCCACAAGCAAUAGCUUUUCCAUCAAAUUCUGGUUUAUCAUCCGCAAUAAACCAAGGUAUCCAAAACACAUUCACCUUAGAUGGGGUCUCGGACGUUAAUCGCUGGGCCUUCAUGCCGGUAAGGGUAGUGUAUCGCCGUCCGGAAGGAUUAACAUUCGACGGCAGAAACAUCCGCCAAGGGCAAGUUGAAAAUGGAUUCGACAUGUACAAUCCUACAAUCUACAGUCAGAUGAAAAGAUAUAUGCACAGAGGAGCACCAGCGACGUACCCCAAGUGCCCAAAGUACGGAUCAGGAGCCGGUAAAAUAUUCAUUGAGACUAAUGGUAUAAACUAUGCAGGCACAUUUAAAGACUAUGCUAUGAUUGAUGCGCGGCAACCAGUGACGGAAUCCUACACGUAUGUUGGUUUUAGGAACCCUUCUCUCGGAGCUAGCAGGACCUUUGUCCAUGCGUAUGACUCGUACGGUCGAGUGUGUCAGCCGAGAUGCUUGGUUCGUCAUUCUAACCCACCACGCUACGUCCCUUGUUCCGGCGCUAUAAAUUCAAAUACUCGCACGCCUCGGAUGUAUGGCAAUUCAUUUGGCGAGGCAGUUCUCGGUCGGUGGGAUUUCAAAUCCGAUUAUUGCCCUCAGAGUUAUAAUGGAGAAGUGUUCAUGACAUUUUACUGUGAUUAUGCUAAAGGAUGGCCAUGGAGAGACUGCAAUAAAAACAUAAAGAAACCCUUGAUUGUCAGAACUGUAAAACGUCUUCACGGGCAAAAGGCUUUAAGAGGAAACUGCAAAUAAAUUGUACAUGGUCAGUCAAGACCGAGAUACAAAGGUGAUUGUACUAUUGAUUCCAUGAACAAAUCCACAAAAAAACAUUUCACAUAUUGUAUAAACAGUGUUUCUCCUCACUCAUAUUUAUUUAGUACUUUUUUAUGAAAAUGCUUUUCUUACUGAAAUAAAAUCUUCUUUUAUGA